UUCAUUAAAUGAGUUACUUUCAUUCAUCAUAGUGGUCCAAUACUUACUUAACAAUUUAUGGAAAAUUAUGCUGUGAUUUUUUGUGAUAUUUUCUGUUUGAAAAAUAGUAGGCUAAUUUACUGGAAAAGUAUUGGCUUUGGUACAUACCUUAUUUACAUACAUAAAUAUGCAGCAUUGUACAUAGUAUUGUACUUACUAAAAGAAGUGUAUCUGGAGAAGGAGAAAUGGUUUCAUAAAAAGUUUUUUUUAUUAUUAUAUUUUAGAUUAUUUACUACAUUAUUAAUGUAAGGUAAAACUUUGAUGUAUCAACAUAAGAAUAAUACCUUUUUAAUUCAUAAAUUAGAUUUAAGUACAUUAAAUGCAGAUUGUACAUAUCUAUAUAUUUUCUGACUAAAUUUUUUUUUAAAGAUUGCCCAACACACUAAAUUAUCUAAAUAAAUAUGGUUUGUUAUUUUUCUGGAACAGGUUUUCCUCGACUGUAAAAUUUUCAUUAUUAAAUAAAACAGUAUAUGAACUGGUUAUUGAUCUGUACCAAGUAAUUUAGAUCUCCAAAUAAUAUGUGGAGUUCUAAAGUACUGGAAUCAAAUCUGUAUAGGUCUUUUAAUAUUCUUGUAGGGAAAGAAAUUCAUUACUUAUCAGGUUUUGUUUCACCAGAGAUUAUAGAGAUAAGAAAAAAAAAAAAAAACUAAAAUAAUUUCGGUUUCUUAAAACCCAACCAAAAAUACAAAACACAUUUCUUUCGGUAAAAAUCAAAAACUUUGAUUAAUGUGGAAUCCAGAUAAUUGGAGCUCUGUGAUAAAAAAUGAAAAUGCAUUCCAUAUAUAAUUGAAAACUUGCAGAAAACUGAGGCCAAUGUUUUUCAUUGUUACAUUCGAAACCUAAAAUUCUGGAACAUCAAGUAUCCCUCUUUCUUGGUGAAUGGUCUGAUUGCUUUUUUCUAGUAAUAAUGGAUGCAAACAUUAUUGGGUUCAAAAGUCCAAACAGCAUUUAACUUUCAUUUGAAAAAAUUAGUUUUAUCGUCAACAGAACUCGUCGCAAGUAAGGCAAUUUUGUCCCACAAUAUCUGGAAAGCUAUUUUGAGCAUGGCCAAGCAAUACAAAAAAUUCUGACUUUUUAUUAAAAAAUUAUUUUGUAUUCAUACACAAACUUAAUGUAAAACUUUGAAUUUCUGAGAAUAAUCCUAGUAAUCUGAAAGGCAAAACAUUGAGGAAAUAAAAAGCUGCUUGCAGAGCAUUGUAAAAACAUACUUUCAGAAAUAAAAUAAAAGAUUAUUUUCAUGUGCACUAGACAUGCAUCAGCUUCAAUAAUAAUUAAUUAUGUGAUACAUUUCUCUCUGCUGUUCAUUACUGUAUUGUUGAAAAACUUAACAUUAAAAAAAAAAAAAAAAAAAAUUGUUCACUUAAUACUGCCAACAGGUAAGCAAUGCAAAUAAUUUUUGCUUAAAAAACCAGAUAUAUCAAAUGUUGGAAGUACAAAAACUUAUAAAUAUAGCUUCUGAUUAACUAGGUGAUUGGAAUUAUAUAAAAUAAAUUUAAUUCUCUAUUAAUGUAAAUGCUGAUAUGAAUAAACAACAGAUUUCGUGUACAAAAGUAUGUAAAUUAUUUUUUAAGGUCUUCCAGACUAAGAAUAUAAGUAACAGUUUCAGUGAGAAUACAUAUAAAUUUCUCACAUGCAUUAAAAACCAUUGACAUAUUUUAACUUCAUAAGAUUAUAUUUAUUUUUCAGAAAUUUAAAUUACUUCAAUAAUAAUUGUAAUUCCCACUAAAUUGUCAAUCUAAUUUUUUUUUUUUUUUUUUUUUUUUUUUUUUUUGCUUUCAGCAAUUUCUGUGUCUAUCGAUAAUGACAUUUUGUGGAUUUAGAACCAUACUACAGAUUUUGCCAUCUUUAACUGAUCAUUAAGGCAUUAUCAUUAGAAUGAAGAACUUCUGUUAUGUCAUCUUCAAUUAUUACUGCUUCUCCACAUUUCUUCAUUGGAAAAUUUUACUUUUCAUUUGAGAUGUAAACAAGGUUGUAUUAUUUAUGAAAUAAUAGAAGAUCAAAGCAGUAUCUCCUUCAGUCAUUUAUCCGGGAUUUGGGACCCUAGUAGAAUGUUUCCAAGCGUUCAGAAAUGUGAUGAAUGGAGAACUCAAAAUACUGAUGAAAAGGGCAAAAAUAUGCAGGGCAUUACAGCUGGUGCUGUGAAAGUUGUUAAUUCUGAUAAAAGUUCAUUUAAUAUCUGUUCUCCUAAUAUAUCUGCAAUGAUGAAAGAAACUUUAGAUCACAGCCAGUUGGUUAAAGAAUUUGAUGAUUUACUAUUUGAAUUAUCCUCUAAUAAGUGCAAUUCGAAGUUACCUAUUAAUGAAUUUGAUUGUCUUUCUGUUUGUUGUGAUAGUUCUUAUGCUGAAAAUUGCAAGUAUGUGCCAAAAGAUGAAAAUAUUCCUGAGAAAAAUUUGAAAUCUGGAAUUAUUUUGAAACAGAAAGACAAAAAUUUUAAUUUAAAAAUUUCUGCACAUGAUAUUGGUAUUGAAAAAACAUUGAAAAUGGAUUAUAAAACUCCUUCCAUCUCCAAAAACGUAUGUGAUGAUGUGAAAUGCAACAGUGAUGUAUCUCAAGUAGGCUCUAAGAAGCUUUUGGAUACUUGUAAUAUGUACCAUAAUGAUAAGGAGAGUAGUCACCCUGUUAUCAUUGAUGACAUUGCAGCACCAGUUGAAUCAGAUAAUUUACAUUGGAUAAAUUCUGUUCUUUGGGAUUAUCAAGAGUCUAGUUCAAGUUCUAAUCAAAAAGAAGCCAUUAUUUUUGGAAUCCAAAAACAGGAUAAAAUUCAUAAUUCUUAUCAAGAAGAUGUGAAUAAUGACAAAAAAACAGUAUCUAAUGUACUAGAAAGUAGUUUAAUGAAAUCGCAUCUUAAUGAAAGUAUGUUCGUCGGAGAAUUUUCUGAUGUGAUACCAAUGACAAGAUGUGUAAUAAAAGGUUCUUCCAAAUUUAAAGAAAAGCAUAUUCCACCAUACAUGUACAAGAAACAGCCUAUGGGUGUAUACAGAGUAUCUGAAUUAGUAUGUCCGGAUUCUUUAAAAUCAUCUUAUCAGAAGAGAGCGAGAGAGUUGGAAAUGUCUAAUUCCAUGAAAUGCUUCUUAGUGAACUUAUAUAUUGAAGCUAAAGACAGACAUUCAGGCCCAUUUUUAUUUGAAAUUUAUCCAAAAAUGACCUUAAGACUUUUGAAGUUGAAGGUCGAACAAGAAUAUGAUAUUGCUGUUUCUGCACAAAUGUGGAUUCUUGGCAGAACAUUAGCUGUUGAUAAUGAUAUGUCAUUAUAUCAUUAUGGUGUACUUCCAGGAUCACCAAUAUUUUUAUAUGUUGAUUCUGCAUACAAAAUGCCAGUCCAUAAAAUUCCCCAUAAGCCAGUGUCAGAGCCUGCAGUUAAUAGGAGAGAGAGCAGUAUUAAUGUAACCAUUAUUGAUAAAGUAUCUAAUAAAACUGAAGGCAAAAGCAUAAAUAAAAGUAAAAGAAUUCCUUUUGAAGUAAAAAAACAUAAGAAAGACCGAAAUAUAUCUAAAAAAUUGUUAGAACCUCUCCAAGAUCAGGUUUGCCAUGCUAAAUCAAAACAAAUUAAAUCUGAGAAUAUUUCAAAUGCAUCUGAGUCUACUAAGAAACUAAAUCAGAAUUUGUAUUUAGCUGAAUUAGAACCAAUUAUAAAUCUAGAUGCUUUAAAAAAUAAUUCUCAAAAUAAAGAUGAAUCAAUUUCUCAGUUGUUAUCCGAAACAGAUCAAAAUAAAGAUUAUGUGUUGUUAUCUGAAGUUGAUAGAUCUGUAUGUCAUGAAUUAUUGCAAUUAAAGGAAAAUAAAAGCAAUGAAAUACAGUCAGAACCUGAGGAAGCUAUGAACAGUGGAUUGCAUAGUGCCAAAAGGGAAAAAAAUGUUAACAUUUCCAAUAGUGAAAAAGUCUUUUUCCAAAAUCCAGAAAAUAAUGAUUUAGAAAAUAACACAGUAUCAUCUAAUUCUUUUGAUAUCUUUGAGAACAAUUUUGAGUUGUCUGAUUCUAAGCAAGACUAUUUGAGAAAUCAAAUUUUUGCUGAAAAUUUUCCUCAAAACUUUCAAGAUGCAGAGCAUCAAGAAGUAUCAGAUUUCUCAGAAAAAAAAUUAGGUUGUGAAAUUAUGAGUGUUAAUUCUGUACAGCCUACUGCCAAAGCAAAAAGUGAUAAAAUUUCGAUUCUAAGGAGGUUAAGUCUGAAGCAUAGAAGAAAAUCAAAAGAGACUGAAAUAGAUGAAGUGUUGAAUAGUAACAGUGAAGUGCUUAUGGCAUCAUCUCUUAAUGAUACUGUGGCAGAAAAUAUUCAACUUGAGAAUGAUUGUAGUACAAAAUUCAUAGAAAUUGUAAAUGCCCCAUGUCAGGAUGGAAAAAUUCAUGAAGAUACUAAGGAACAAUGUAACAGCGUAUCUGAAGAAUCAGCAAAAAAUUACGAAUCUCUUUUAGAGACUGAAAAUAUGGAUCUGGUAAAAAACAGCGUUCCUUUUAUGUGUCCAGUUUGUUUUAGUGACAUUGGAACUUCUCAAGGGGUUAUUUUGCAUGAUUGUCUUCAUUCUUUUUGUCAGGAUUGUUUAGCCAGAACUGUAGAAUAUUCUGAAAGUACUCUUAUUAAAUGCCCAUAUCGAGAUGAUGAUUAUUCUUGCCAGAGCUAUUUGCAACAACGGGAAAUAAAAGCUCUUGUUUCUAAAGAUAUGUAUGAGAAGUAUCUUCGCCGCAGCAUAACAACUGCUGAAAGUCUUGCUGAAAAAAGCUUUCAUUGUAAAACACCUGAUUGUCCAGGUUGGUGUAUGUUUGAAGACAACAUUAAUGUUUUCCAUUGUCCGGUAUGUCAUCACUAUAACUGCUUAAAUUGCCGUGCAGUUCAUGAAGGUUUUAAUUGUAGACAAUAUCAGAACAGACUAAAAUGCCAAGAAAAGUUUGAUCGUGAUUCUGAAAAAACUUUGGAAUUUCUCAAUAAAAUGAUUGAUGAUGGGAAAGCUAUGAAAUGUCCGAAAUGUGAUUUAAUAUUAAUGAAAAAGUGGGGUUGUGAUUGGUUAAAAUGUUCCAUUUGUCAUACUGAAAUUUGCUGGAUUACAAAAGGCCCACGCUGGGGACCUGCCGGGCAAGGUGAUACGAGUGCUGGUUGUAGAUGUGGAGUAAAUGGCAGCAAAUGCCAUCCGUCAUGUACAUAUUGUCAUUAAAUCAACAAGGAUGUCUGCUGGUGAAAUAGUGCUAGAGCUUUUCUUGUGUAUUUAAUGAAAAGUGUUGGUGAUGUUUGUUACAGAAUGGAAAAAACAAAAAACAAAAAUUCUUUGUAUUUCAAUGCUUACAAAUAUCUCUCUGACUUACGAUAAUUGCAUGAAUUGUUCAGAUUUUAUUGUUUCUGAGUAUGUAAAAAAAUGUGUCUUAAACUUGUAAUGUGCUGUUCAGUAUUAUCUUUAAAUUAAAAUGAUCAGAUGUUUUCAAUUCAAAUGAUGAAUAUUUUCAAGUUAAAAGAGAGAGGAAAAUAAAAGUAAAUCUUGCAACAUUUCAUUUACAUAUGAGCUGAAGAACAUAUGCUUCAUGUAAUGUGUUAACUUAUCACAAAAUACAAUAUCACAAAAUACAAUACAAAGAAAAAUACAUGUUAGCAGAAGAAAAUUGCAUUUAGAUAUUUGCGAGAUUUGGCUACAUACAUCCCUUUCUUCAGUCUGCUAGUAGCAAGUGGAUAAAAUUUCAAAAAACAGUACAGUGAAAGCUCGACUAUCCGGAAAGUUUGGGAAAUGUUGGAUACACAGAAAUUCCAGAUAAUGGAGAGAAUAAAAAAUUAAAUUCAUAGAAGAGAAAGUAUUCAGUCUAAAAUUAUAAAAACAGUCAGUCUCCUUGUUAACAUAAGCCUAGAUUUAAAAUUAUGCGAGAUUUUUUAAAAAAUUGCGAACAGAUAUAAAAACAGAUAUAUUUUUAUAGGCCUAAAAUAUAUAAAAGUAAAAAUGUCUUAACCAAUUUAUAAAAUCCCCCUGACCAUAAAAACUGGUGAAGAUCUCACCAAACUUGUGCCAGCUGUUCCAGUUUGAAAUAACAGAUUGCUCUUUAUUGGAUCAGAUAAUCACAGAUACAAGUUACAGAUACAGCCUACAAAGAAUUUAAAUUAGUUAUAAUAUUUUACAUUCCAUUGCUUAUCGAUUUUCAGGCCUCUGACAGAUAGCUUGAUUGUGAAAUUUCAUUAUAAAAAUAGUUCAUUGAAGAAAGAGAAAAAGUAAGAAGUGACACUAAAUUACUUUGAAAAAAGUUGCAACGGGAACUGGUAUAGUAAAUAUGAGGAGUUUCUUUGGGGUGUGUAAUAUGCUUAAAAAUGUUAAGACAGUAACUGUAGUUCUGUUCAAGUGCACAGUAAUAUUUUAAUUGUAUACUGGUUUUCAAUUUAUUUGUUUAAUUUUUUUUUUUUUUUUUUGCUUAGUUAAUCAUAGUUUUUCCUUAUUAUUGAACGAUAGUGAAAUUCAUUAUGUUUUAAAUAUUUUGCAUUUACUCAACUACUAGCUGGUAUAAGAUUUUUUUUAUCAUCAUUAUAGACUACUAUAUAGAAGGAUAAUGUUUAAACUAUACUGUAUUUACUGGCACAUUUAGCCCUCUUGCAUAUUUCUCCUCUAGCCUUUUAGCACAGGGUUCUGCAAAUUCACUCAAUAUUCAUGUAAUUUCACCCUUUCAUGAAUUUCAUCCUGAUUGAUGAAGCAAUUAAUAAUAGCAUGGAGCUUAAAGUGAACUUAAAGUGGGGACAUUUAAUACUCUAGAUCAGCGGUUCUCAACCUUUUGACUAACAUAUAUCAUCUAAACAAAAAUUUGAAACCUUUAGUACCACCACUAUAUUACUAUUACCACCACCACUCUUGAACAAAUCUCAGAUUGCAUAAAUUUAUAAGUGUUAGAAAGAAAACUCAAUCAGGCUGUUAGGGUUUUAAUUUUUGAAUUUAAUAGUUAAAAAUACUCUGCUUCUUUGCAUACCACCUAUAUUUCUCUUGCGUACCCCUGCUCUAGAUGGUUCUGAAGAUCAUUGCAUCUUCUGCCUGAGACAGACUGGGCAUUAUCAUGACAACAGGAACUAUGGUGAUGACUUGCAAACUGUAGUAGAUAACACAAACAGCAUUUUCAGCAACAUUAAAUGAUUUAAGGCCUACAAAAUAGCAAAUGACAACAUUAUAAGAGCAGGUGAGAUUCAAAUUAGGGAAGUAGAAAUGAAGAUAUUUUAUUAGAUAUUGCAAUGUUAAUAUUAUUGUGUAUUCUUAUUAGAAUGUAGGUUUCUUUUAAAAUAAUAUUGUUAUAACUAUCAGAAAUUUAUCCAUGAAUACUUUACAUUUGUUAUCAAUGAAUACUCUCAAUAUUUGUAGGAUAAAAAUAAUAAAAAGAGAGGGAAAACAUGCAAGUGAAUGCAGUAUUUAAUAUUAGCAUUACUUGUCUUCUAAGAAUAUUUCUCCUCAGAUUGUUUUUAAAAUUAUCAUUUUAGAUGUGUAUUAAUUUGUUUUUGACUGUAAAUUCUGAUUUAAGGAAUGUAAUAAAGUUUUUUUGGAAUUGUUCAAUUCACAGUGAUAAAACAUGCAUUAUAUUCAACAGCUGUUCAGAUUUUUUUAAAGAAAGAGACAAUUUACAAUCUAAACACUUAAAUUUCUGUUACUGGGGUUAUAAAUUUUCUUUUAUUCUUCAUUCAUUUCUUUAUACUACAUUUUCCAGAUUUAUUUGCCGAUUAAAAUCUUGAAGGGAUUUCCCACCAAUCAUUCCCUUCAUGUUUUCUGACAUUCAAUCCAUUAAGUGUUUGGCCUGCAAGUUCUUUAUUUUGCAUUCCAAUACUUUGAGUGUUAGUUCAAUAAUUAAUAUGUUUUUUCCCAUUAGUGAGGUCAUCAUUUUAAGUUAACAUAAAUGUUUUAAAAAAUCACAAAAACUAAUUAACAAAAAGUGCAUACCUGAGAUAGAUAAUCAUGAUUUUAAAGGCACAGAUAUAUUACCGCCACUAAAGUAUUUGUUGGCGGUUGAAUUUUCAAAACAAUGAUUAGCAGUGUUCUUAUUUAACUUUGCUUACUUCUAGAAGAAAUAAUACAUAAUACAAUGCACAUUGUUUUCCUCAAAAACUGGCUCCAUGAUUGGAAAUCUAUGAAAAUAUGAUCAGUUAAAAUGGAGGCUAAUUAAUGGGAUGUCGACAAGAGUGAGUCUACUGUAUGUGAUGCAUUUUUAAAGUGAUGUUUUUUGUAAUCAAUCUGAGUUGUGUUAUGUACUUUUAAAGGGUUUUGUUUGGGGGAAGGAGUAGCUUUUUGCCAAAUUUCACUUUGCAAUUGUAUUUUUAUAUUUAAUUGUUCAAGUUUACUUUGCUGGUCAGUGCUUUCCAAAGAAUGAAAGAUUUGAUUUUAAAUUUGUAUUUUUAAAAUCCUCAUGUAUGGAAAUAUGUUUUAUGGAAUGUUGUAUUAAAACUGCAGAAUAAAAUAUUUUGAUUGA